AUGGAUCAGGGUCCAGUGUUGAGCCCAUCACCAGACGACGGGCAACUCGAGCCAUCAAUCACAAUGCAUCCUUAUCCAGCAACUGUAAUCGCAUUCAUAUUUAUCCUCAUCAUUGUGUCUCUCUUCAUCUCUAUCCUGCGUCAACUUCUUGAACGACGUCUGUCCCAGCGCCGCGGAUGGUUUCUCAACACCACAUACCCACCACCUUCUCCAGCAGCAUCUUCAUCAGGUGGCAGUAGCAGGAGAAGCAAAAAGGCGAAAGAACAAAAGACUCGACCUAUAUCCGAACGCGAGAUUGAGUCUCGGCAGUUUCUGUUUUCAGAUGCUGCUGAUCGAACAGAGCGAGUCCCGCUUCGAAAACCAGAUGAGCGAGGUUCGCUAUAUGAUACUUUUCAGUUACCUGGUCCACACGCCUCCAAGUUAAAGCCCGCGCGAUCAAUGAUGGAGUUGAACGGAGGAAGUCGGCUAGAAGACACAUGCUCCAACGCCUGGUCUGCCAACCCUGAAACAAGAUAUCGGUAA